AGUCCUGUUGUAAAAAGCGUAACUUGUCAUCACAGUCACGUGGUUCAACAUGGCAGCGCUGGUGUCCUUGUUGAGACCCAGAACGGGUAUUCUUAUUUCAUGUCAGACACCAGUAGUUCGGUCAACCAGAGCUGCUUCUAAGAAGUCUGGAGGAAGCAGCAAAAACCUGGGAGGAAAAAGUCCCGGCCAAAGAUAUGGAUUCAAGAAACAUGAGGGAGACUUUGUUCAUGCUGGCAAUAUCCUCGCAACACAGCGCUUAAUGCGGUGGCAUCCAGGAGCUCAUGUUGGCAUGGGAACAAACAAAACUCUAUAUGCCCUGGAGGACGGCACAGUCAGGUACACAAAAGAGGUGUACAUUCCCCCUCCUCAUAGUCCCGAAGCCCGUGAUGUGAUCCCAAAACUUCCUAAAGGAGCUGUGCUCUACAAGUCCUUUAUCAACGUCGUACCAACAAAACAAACGAACAGUUUUAAACUAGUAGGCAUGGUGUGAAAGAAGAAACUAUUUAACAAACUUGUUUCAAUCUGUUUGUCAGACAUUGAGAAAUGUGGGUGCUAGUCACAUGCACCAGUGGAGGAUUUUUGUACUUAGUUAUGUGAAUAAAUAUCAUACUUAAA